AUGGAAAUACGAAAUUUUGGAAAUGCUGAUGUUUUAUAAAUCUUAAUAACUGCAGGAGCUGAUAUAAAUAGUUUUGAUAAAGAAUUUAAUACUGGUUUACAUUAUGCUUGUUUAAAUGGCAAUAAAAAAAUAAUUGAGGUUUUGUUAAAAAAGCCUAGUAUUUAAUAUAAUUCAAAGAAUAAAAAUAAACAAGAAGCAAUUGAUUUGUGUAAAGAUAAGGAUACUUUAAAUGUUUUUUAAACUUAUCUUUAAUUAUAAUAAGGUUUAGAGUAAAAAGAUACUAAAGUCAAAAUUUAUAAUACUUUUUAAAAAGAUGAAAAUUGUUCUUCCAGUGGAGAAGAUGAAAAAAUCGGACCAAACAAUUUCAUAGUUCAUGGGCUUAUAGGUAAAGGAUCCUUUGGGGAAGUUUAUUUAGUGGAAAAAAAGGAAAAUUAAUAACUAUAUGCCAUGAAAGUAUUACAUAAAUGUAAAGUUUUGAGAUAGAAUUUGACUAAAUAUGCUAUGACAGAACGAAAUGUACUUUCUGUGACUAAGCAUCCAUUUAUAGUGAGAUUAAAUUAUGCUUUUUAGACUUAAGAUAAGCUUUUUUUAAUAUUGAAGUAUUGUCCAGGUGGAGAUUUAGGUGAGCAUUUAUAAAAGGAAAAGAAAUUUUAAGAAGAAAGAGUAAGAUUUUAUUUGUGUGAAAUAAUCUUAGCAUUAGAACAUUUACAUAAAAAAGACGUAAUUUUUAGAGACCUUAAACCAGAUAACAUUGUAAUUGACCAUGAAGGACAUGCUAUGCUAACCGAUUUUGGAUUAUCUAAAGAAGGAGUUUUAGACAAUAAUUCUGGGGCUAGAUCUUUUUGUGGAAGUAUAGCUUAUUUAGCGCCUGAAAUGCUUAAGAGAUGUGGGUAUGGUAAAGCUGUUGAUUGGUAUUUAUUAGGUGUUGUUAUGUAUGAGUUACUAGUUGGUACUCCUCCCUAUUAUGCAAAUAAUAGAGAAGAAUUAUUUUAAAAUAUAGAAAAAGGAAGUUUAAAAUUACCUUCUUAUAUAUCAAGUGAUGCUUAAUCAUUAUUGAAAGCACUACUUUAAAGAAACCCUUUAAAAAGAUUAGGAUCAGGUAAAGGUGAUAGUGAAGAAAUAAAAGCUCACCCAUUUUUUAGUAAAAUAAAUUGGGAAGAAGUUGAAAAAAGAAUAAGUACAAAAUUUGAUCCUAAUGUUUUCGAAAAUUCUAACUUUAUUGAAAGUUUUAAAGAAUAUAUACCAGGAUGGUCAUUUGUAGAUUCUACAGCAGAUAUAAACUUUUCUUAAACAAAAUUUUAUUGA